AUGGCACGUCUCAGGAGUUUCCGGAGCUUCGUCACCUGCAGUGGCUGUGGGCUCACCCACGUGGGUGGCUCCUCACGCAGGGCCUCUUGCUCUCUCCAGCUUCCAGUCCUCCUGAAAGGCACGUCGGAUGAUGACGUCCCAUGUCCUGGCUACUUGUUUGAAGAGAUUGCUAACAUCUCCCACGAGUCCCUGGGGAGCAGCCAGUGCCUCCUGGAGUACCUCCUGAGGCGCUUGCAGAGCAGCUCGGGCCACGUGAAGCUCAAGGUACUGAAGAUCUUGCUCUACCUGUGCAGCCAUGGCUCCUCGUCCUUCCGGGGCAUCCUGAAGCGCAACUCUGCCUUCAUCCAGGAGGCCACCGUCUUCACUGGGCCCCCCGACCCUCUUCACGGGAACAGCUUGUACCAGAAGGUCCGGCUGGCCGCCCAGGACUUGGACAGCGCCCUGUUCUCAGAUGCGGUGUCACCACUGUCUGCCCCCCGAGUCCCCAGGCUGCUGCCUCCCACUGGCAUGGGCUCCCAGCCCCGGCCCCACAGCACCCUCCAGGGCUUCGGCUACAGCCAUGAGAGGGGCCGUACAGGCUCUGUGGGGGAAGCCUUCCUCUCCACGAUCCAGAAGGCUGCAGAGGUGGUGGCUAACGCCAUGCGUCCUGGGCAUGAGCAGCCUGGUGCGCAGAGGUCCACGCUGGGGGAUGACACCUACCAACCCGCUGUGACACCAUCAGCCAGCCACAGCCACCCCUCCCCUGGGAGGCUGCUCCCAGGGGCCAGCCCAGGCACUCGAGCUGUGAGACACCAGCCAGGGCAGCCUGGGGGCGGCUGGGAGGAGCCAGACAGCAGCCCCAGCUCCCGAGGGUCUUCCCAGGAGAAUGGUAGCCAGAGCAGGGCCUCUGACUCUGGUAGCGGCUGUGUCAGUGAUGGCUGUUCAAGGGUGGGCCGGGAGCCUGGCGAGCUGGCGGAGAGGGUUGAGGCUGUGGCCCUGAGCGACUGCCAGCAGGAGGCGAGCCUGGUGAGGGCUGUGAUGCAGGGAUCACGUGCCUUCCUGAGCCAUGAGGAGAUCCAGCACUUCCUCAAGGAGUGUGGGCGGCUCAACUGCGAGGCCGUGCUGGAGCUGCUGACCCGCCACCUGGCUGGGGCCCAAGAGUGUGAGCAGAUGAGAGCCCUGUGUGCCCUGUCCGCCAUCGGUGGCGCUGACCUGCUAUCCCAGGAUCACGUGCUCUUCCUGGCCCGGCCACGGCUGCAAGAACUCAGUGUGGGCAGCCCCGGGCCUGUGACCAACAAGGCCACCAAGAUCCUGAGGCACUUUGAAGCUUCCUGCCGGCACCAACCCUCUCCACGGAGGCUCCCGGCCGAGCCCAGCCCCACAGUGCCUGUGCAUGCCCAGGCUUGCCCUCCCGACCUGCUGACUGACGCCUCACCUUUUCCGGAUAGCCAGCCAUCCCUGCAGCCUCUGAGUCCAUCCCUGUGCCUGCCUGAGGGUACUGCUCUUCCAGGGGAGCUACAGCCCAGCCCUGUGCCCACCCCAGCCACCAGGGACACACGUGCAGGCUGGGAGAGUUCCAGGGACGCUGAGAUGGGCCCGGCAGGUUCCCAGGAGCCAAGGGUCAGGUCUGACACCCUGGACGGAGGCCCAGAGCCUAACUCAGGCCCUGGAGGCUGCCUGUGGGCUCCAGUGGCCAACGGCAGCAAUUCCUUGUUCGCGGGCAUGGAGUUAGUAGCCUGUCCCCGCCUGGUGAAGGCUAGGGCUUCAGCCAGGGAGCCCCUCCUGCCGACCUCAGCUCCUGAGGCCCCGCGGACAUUGGCCCCCACAGUAGCAGCCCAGGCUUCUCCCACCUCACAGCUGUCGGCCUUUGCAUUCUUGAACACGUGAUGUUGUCUGUCCUGACCGCCCACCCCUGGGAUCUCCUGUCCCAGGCUCGCCUGUGUGCACCGAGGAGCAGUCCCCUUUGGUGACGGCCCAUCCUUUGACCUCCUGCCGCCCCCCCCCCAACCCCAGUGCCCCCUACAGAGCAAGCACUGUCCUGAGCAGAAUGGGAAUGGGAACAUCACCAAUAAAACCCUAGAUGGUGCCCUUGUGCCGCUGCAAACCACCCGGAGCUGGAUGGGCACAGAAGAGGAGGGGUGGUAUGGCUUCUCCCAGGGGGGCUGUGCAUCCUGACAGCCCUGCAGGGGCACACCACGACGCUGUGCUAUCUCAAGGCAGGCAGUGUGAGCUGAUGUGGGUGUCACACUGUCCCCCGGCCCCACCUGGGGACACCGCUAGUCUCUUCUACAUAUGGUGCGUCCUUGGUACCUCCCAUCCCAGAGCACGGGAGAAGGGAGGUACUGGCAGCCGCUGCAUGUAGGGGGCCGUCGUCCGUCCAUGUAGGAGGGUGGGACAGGGUGCUGUGGCAGCACAGACUCAGAGUGGGCUAGGCCCAGCUGUCCUGGGGCCACCUCCCCAGUCCUUGAGGCCCCACCCUGUCUCUCACUGGCUAGGACCCAGCAUCUCCAUGUGGGCCGGGGCUGGAUAAGGGCAAAGCGUGGGCCAUUAGCUCAGUUCCAGGUGAUGUGAAAUGAAACAAGACCCCAGGGCUGCCUCCGUCUCCCCCAUCUCCUUACCUUCAGCUGGCUGCUUGGGUAUGCAGUCCUGCGAUGGUGGGGGAUGGGUGGCAGACAUCAGACAGCUGACCUCUGUCAGCCCCCCUGUUGUCACUGAGGGGCCCCUGCAGCCAUGCCUGCAGAGAAACAUUUCUGGUGUGGCUUUGGAAGCAGUUUCUUUGUUCUUCCUUCGAGUGGUGAUUUCUGAGCUAAAAUCCCUUUCCCUGCAGGGAGGUCAUCACCAGCCACAGAUCCCCACUUCUGGUUCUGUCAGUGGUGGGGUGGGGUGGGUGCUGGGAGGCAGGUUUUGUGCACCGGGGCUGAGGAGUCUGGCCUGUGGCCAUUACAUAUGUCAAUCCCUGUUAGAGCCAUUUCCACUCACUGGGGCAUGACGGCUCUCCAGGGUCACAGGGACGGGCCUUGAAAGACGUGUCCAGCCCAUCUCAGAAACACCUGAGGAGGCCUCUGGGAUCAGCACUUUGCAAAUAAACACUGUUGUUUACACAACGAGAA